AUGGAUAAUAUUUAUUAUUGUAGUGCUGUAGCUACUAGAUCGUUGGUGGAGAAGAAGGAGAAUCCCAGGGCUUUUACUAUACAUUGCACCAUUGGAUCUUUCAACUUUGCUCAUGCGUUAUGUGAUUUGGGUGCUAGUAUCAACCUUAUAUCAUUUGCAGUAUUUAAACAGCUGGUGUUGGGAGCACCAAAACCUACCACCAUGAUACUAGUGAUGGUAGAUAGGACGGUGAUAAAGUCAGUUGAUAUCUUAUAUGAUAUCUUUAUGAAGGUGGCUUCUUUCAUCUUUCUUGUUGAUUUUAUGAUCUUAAAUUGUGAAGUGAACUUCCAAGUCCCAAUUAUUAUGAGAAGACCAUUUUUGGAUACAGGAAGGACAUUGAUUGACUUGGAGCUAGGGCAUCUGAUGUUGAGAUUGAAUGAUGAGCAGGUGAUAUUUAAUGUAUGCAAAUCCAUGAGGCAGCCUAAUGAGUUGAGAGUGAUAUCUAUGAUUGAUGUGUGUAAUGAAGAGGUAGAUUCAUUCCAUGAUGUUGAUGCAGUUACUCUUUGGGAUGAUGGUUCUGAUAUGGUUGUUCCUAUUGAAGAGAGACUAGGUUUGAAGCACUUGCAACCAUGA